AUGACCGAAAACAAAAAUUUAGAUAAAUCUUAUAAACCACCCCGAAACACCUCACUUCCGAAAGUGAAGGCAGUGCGAAGGAGACAAACGAACAACGCCGCAGAAAUCUCAGCCGCCGCAUUAGCUGCAAGAAAAGCGAGUGAAAAUGGUAUUAGCCAUCUACGAAUAAAUACGGACUCAAAGUUCCUUAUCGACAGUUAUAAUAAAUGGAUCCCACACUGGGAAGCCAACGGAUGGAAGACAACUAAUGGUAAGCCUGUCGUCUACCGGACAGAAUUCGAAGAACUGAGAAAGGCACUAGAGGGCCUUGAUGUGACAUGGAACCACGUCUCCGGUCACCAAGGGAUCGAAGGCAAUGAGAUGACUGAUUACCUAGCGCAAAUGGGGAUCAACAGGAGCAAUGUUGCCUAA